AUGGGUCUUACAAAUGAUGCUUUUGUGCAGGCUAGAACCGUACCCGCCCGUCAGGCUUCUGCCCGCAGGCCGAGGCCCUGCGCGCCGGACACCCCCAGAGUCACUCCCCAGAGCCACCCCCCCGGGCCGCCGGAACACCCCCGGCGCUACGGCCCGGCCUGGCCCAGCUCGCCGCAUUUAAGCUCCCGCUGGGGGCGUCCCUGCCGCCGCUGCCGCUUCCCGGGGCCUCCGCAGCCACGUGGCGGCGGGUGGCGCGCAGUGAUGACGUCACGGCGCGGCGCGAAGGUCACGAGCUGUGCUGGGAAGAUGGCGGCGGGGGCCGGCGGCUGCCGGAAAUGUCUCAUCACUGGGAUCUGGCUCAUCUCCAGGAGAUACCCAGGACCCUCACUCCCCAGGGGCACAGUAUAUGGGGUGAGCAGGCCUGGGCUGGAGCUCCACCAGUCCAGAUGCUAUGCUUCAGGAGGAAGGAAAGGUUUCAUCUCAGGCUUUGUGGAGAACAUCAAACAGGAGCUGGCCAAAAACAAGGAGAUGAAAGAAAGCAUCAAAAAGUUCCGGGAUGAGGCUAAAAAGCUGGAGGAGUCUGAUGCCCUCCAGGAAGCAAGGAGGAAAUAUAAAACCAUCGAGUCUGAAACAGUGAAAACCUCAGAGGUGAUCAAAAAGAAAUUUGAGGAAAUCACUGGCACAGUGAAAGAGAGUUUGGAUGAGGUCAGCAGGAGCGACAUCGGCCGCAGGAUAAAGGAGGGGGUGGAAGAAGCAGCCAAGACUGCGAAGCAAUCUGCAGAGUCUGUCAGCAAGGGAGGGGAGAAGCUGGGCAAGACAGCAGCCUUCAGAGCUAUUUCUCAGGGAGUAGAGAGUGUGAAGAAGGAGCUGGAUGAGAGUGUCCUGGGGCAGAGUGCUCCUUACCGGCGGCCCCAGCGGCUCCGCAAGAGGACGGAGUCCUCAGGAGACAGCACGAGGCAGGAGAGGGUCUUUGAGGCCAAUGAGUGA